AUGAUUGGAAGGGCACUAGAACCCAAAGCAAAAUGGCUAGACUACCGCUACAAGGAAAUGGUUGAAAACGUACCUAUUUGUAUAAAGGAUACUCCUAGCUUAUUAAAAUUACUCAGAGAAAUCGCAUCAUUGGAACCCACUACACUAUUACUCACCUGUAAUGUUAAGAGCAUAUACAGCAUCAUCCCACACCAGGCUGGGAGAAAAGCCAUGGGAAGGAUAUUGACAAACUCCCUGUACUACUCAGGUCCUCCAGUAGAACUUACCCUGGAGCUUCUACAACUGCUUCUCAGUAACAACUACUUCAACUUUGAGAAGACAUGGUACAAGCAGAUAGCCGGAACAUCUAUGGGGGCAGCCAUGUUCAUCUUUGAGCAAGAACAUAUACUGACUCCUUUACAGGACAACAUCUUAUUCUACUGUCGAUACAUUAAUGACAUCUUGAUGAUUUGGAAGGGUACACUAGAAUCUAGACAACAAAUGUUGGAGAAAAUUAAUAACCUUGAUACACUAGCAGGUCUAACAAUGUCUGUGGACAUCCAGACGGUAGACUUCCUAGAUGUUUGCCUAUACAAAGAGGAUACAAAGAUAGCAUAUACCUCAUUCUCUAAACCUACAGAUAGAAAUACCCUUCUGCAUGCCAACAGUUACCACCCACAACACUUGAAAGAUUCACUUCCCUACUCACAAAUUUUAAGAGUGAUAAGGAAUUAUUCAAAUCUGGCCAAUGCAUAA